AUGGCUGGCAAGAUUCGUGGGGCCAAGACCAUCAUCGCGAUAGACUUGCAGCCUGGCAGGUUGGAGCUUGCGAAGAAGCUUGGUGCUACGCAUGGCGUGAUUGAGAACAUGAUUGACGCGCUAGGUUCCCGCGGGCGCGCCGUGACGAUAGGUGCCCCUGGGUUCGGGGUGAGGGUUGGUGUUGACGUCAUGUACCACCUUACAUAUGGAAGGGAAUACGUUGGAUGCGUUGAGGGUGACAGCCUCCCGUCCAAGUUUAUCCCCCACUUGAUUGAGCUUCACGCCCAAGGAAAGCUUCCGCUCGAAGAGCUAAUUACAACGUACAACGUAAAAGAUUUCCAAACGGCGAUAGACGAUGCCAAAGCUGGUCGUGCCCUGAAAGCAGUGCUCACCUGGGAGUAG